AUGUCAUUGUGAAUUUUAUUUACCUACCAAAAACAAACAUGGAAAAUGCUUUGCUUUGUCCGUUUUAUUUCAACUCAUUGUGGCUUUAAUUAUAAUUAGGAACAAUCUUAAGUGAUUUAGUAACUAAUUAUAUACUUGGCUCAUUAACAGCGUAAGUUUAAUUUGUUGAACAUCAAUUUAUUUAGAUAUAACCUCUUCGAAUUUGUGUCGGAAGUUGAAAAAUCCAAAAUGCAAAACGUGGACCGUAUUUGGGGAUUUUGUGAUCUGUUCGUAGAUAAAAGCUACGAUCUUAACAAAGUGAAUUUAAUUGAAAUGCUUGGUUUCAACACCAUAGCACUAAAUACACAUGUCGAAGAAGUAAGCGAAGAGCCAAAAAAGAAAAAGAAGAAAAGUGAACCGACUGAGGCGAAAGAUUUCGUUCCGUUGCCUGUUGAGAUACCGGAAGAAAUUAAAAAAAAUAGUAAGCUGAAUAUUUUACAGAGGGUUACGAUAGAAUUUUCGGACUCCAGUAUUGCACCCAAGCUCAAUAAGUCUGAGAACAUUAAGAAAUACGAUAUAAUCGCUGUAGUGCCUAAAACCUUACAGGCUUUUCAAUAUGCUUGUGGGAGCCUUGAUAUAGAUGUAAUAACAUUUGACCCUCAAAUAAGAAUACCUUUCAAAGUAAGCCGCAAGUUGUAUAGGCAGGCAGUCGAACGUGGUAUAUUUUUUGAAUUGAUGUAUUCAGCUGCCAUAAGAGAUUCUAUGUCCCGGAAGAACAUUAUAAGUACUGCACAUAAUUACCAUGCAGUUGGCAAAUCUAAGAACAUCAUAGUCACAAGUGGUGCUCAGAACUGUGCACAGUGUCGUGGCGUCCAUGAUGUUAUAAAUCUAGGAUUUAUACUUGGGUUAAAUAGUAAUCAGUGUCUAGAAGUGAUCCGAGAUAACGCACAGAGACUUAUUCUUAAAACACAAGGAAGGAAAUGUGGGAAACAUUAUAUGGAAGUUUGUAAUUUAGAAGUAAAUGAAAAUAAAACAUAGGGAAUAGAACCAUGUUUAUUAUUUUAAUUUUAUUAACUGUCAUUGUGCAUUCAGAGUAUAAUCAAGAACUGAUAUCCAUUCAUCUUAAACAAAAUUUGA